AUGGACUGUCACAUGCCACUCGAUCACGGCAACGGGAAGAAUGAAGACAAAUGUCUAGCGAACGCCGGCUUCCGCUUCUAUUUCGACAGAGAUCAUGGCAAAUGUACUCGCUUCUGGUAUCUCGGCUGUGACGGUAAUGCGAACAACUUCUUUUCGUACGAAGUCUGUCAACGAUCCUGCCGAACGCAAAUGCAGCGGCUGGAACGACGACCUCGUGCGAACAGCAAUGGUACGAACUCCUCCUUGUUAAGCAGAAAUAAUCCGGGGAGAGGUGAUGUGAGCACCAUUCGCAGCGAGACCUCAAACACUCAAAAGUGA